AUGGCGAUGACCUUCGUUUAUAGCACAGGUUUUCACUCAUCAAGUUGUGGUUACUGUAAGGGAAGCAGUUCCUCGCAUAGCUUUGGCAUUCAGGCUGAUAAGAUGACCUGUCGGGAUUAUCAAGACUUCAUAGACCGUGGUUGGCGGCGUUCGGGGCAUUAUACUUAUAAGCCAAACCUUCGAGACAGUUGCUGUCCACAGUAUACAAUAAGGCAUUUUUCUUAUGUGCUUAAAUUGAAUUGCUUAUUUGAUUUUACGGUUUUUUCAAAGUAUCAUCUAAUUUUCAAAGAUCCUGAUCUCAUUGCUUUACUUUUGUAUAGAUUAAACGUGCUCCAAUUUCAAGCUUCAAAAUCACAGAGGAAAAUAAUUAGUAAAUUUAAUCAUUACAUCGAAGGAUUGUUCGUGCCUUCCAUAGAGGAAGGAAAAGGAUCGGAGCUGAUUGCAAUACACAAAGAAGAUCCUCAAUUGAAUACUAAUGUCAAAUCGAAAAAAACAAAUAAGAAUGCAUCUACGUUUGAAUUAAGCGAAGCAAUUCACGAAUAUGAAGAAAAACACGAUUGGAAGCAUCGAUUCAGGAUUAUAUUAGAAAAAUCUUCUUUCACUACAGAAAAAUUUCAGUUAUAUAAAAAAUACCAAGUGAAUAUUCACAAGGAUGAACCAUCUCGCCUCACAGAAUACGGCUUUAAGGGGUUCCUCGUGAAUUCGCCAUUAAUUUUUGAACCCCCAUCCAGACCCAACACUCCUGGUUACGGUUCAUUCCAUCAACUCUAUUAUUUAGACGACAAGUUAAUAGCAAUUGCAGUUCUUGACAUCCUUCCGAAAUGUGUGUCAUCUGUUUAUUUUAUUUAUGAUCCGGAUUAUUCGUUUCUUGGGCUUGGGAACUAUAGCGCGUUGCGAGAAAUUUCUUUCACUAAGGAAUUACAUGACGCUGGAUGUACCGAGUUGGAAUGGUAUUACAUGGGUUUCUAUAUUCAUUCUUGUCAAAAAAUGCGAUACAAGAGUCAAUAUCAACCAUCUGAGCUAUUGGAUCCUGAAACAUAUGAUUGGUAUCCUUUUGAAAAGUGUGCACCUCUAUUAGAUAAGCAAAAAUAUGUGGCAUUCUCAAAUUCAAAGUUUGAGAGAAUGCUUGAUCCCGAGAAUCUCACUUUUCAAGAUUUGCGUAAAAUUCGUGUGUCGAUAAAUGGGAGAAUAAAAAACGUCGAGUCAAUUAGUGGAAUUCAGAAUAAUGAAUAUGCAUUAGAAAUGUUGAAAGAAUAUGUCGCGGCUGUGGGCAAAGACUUGGCUGCUCGAAUUGUUUUACAGUUUUGA